UAAAUAACAGACACAUACACAUUUUUCUUGGUUAUCAAAAUAUUAAUUUCUGUUUAACUCAAGAGCUUUCAGUUCAUGCACAAACAUAUAUGUUGUUUAGUAAGUGUGACCAGGUUCAAAAUACAAUCCAUUGAAUGGCAAUGCAAAACACUUGUAAACGGCUCUACAAAUAAUAGCGGGGUCUACUAUAAACAUUAAGAAAGUGAAGAACAUUUUCAUUCGAUGUUGUUUAACAUUUUCCACAGCCUUUGCUUGAUUUAGACUUAACCCCGCCCUGAUUAAACUAGGAGCCAAUAAGACAAUUCAGAUAUCCGCGAGGACCAAUUGCAUCGCGAGUAGCUGGUGACACACUCCAUUUUCAAAAAAGAUGGUGGAGAACAUACAAAGAUAUACUUCUUAUAAUGCAAGUAAAUGAAAUGGAAAACGUUGCCCUCCAAGCAGUCAGAUCGUAGUCCGUUUGGGGAAUUUACUGAAAAUGACAGAGCCACAAGAAUAUUCAAGCGGCUAGUGAACAUUAAGCAAAACAACGACCUUGCGAGCUAGUCAGUCUUUUUGACCACAAUGCAGGAAAAUGUGACAAAUUAAUUAUUAAAUCCGGCGGUAUAACUCACUUGUGACAAUGUGGAGGGGGAAAAACAGUCUACUCCGAUACCGAACAGAAUACUACUAGAUAAUCUGUGGCUAUGGGCUUUGACGCUACUCUGAAUUUUGUUACUCCUUUGUUUCGUGAAACAGAAAAUAAAGCAGGUUGCUGCUCUCGACACCGCCUCUCGAUUUUAAUCACAACCGCCGCAGUGACUCUAUGAACAUGGCUGCGGAAGGUGAUUUCCUGAUGCGUUAUCGAGCAGUAUCCAAUAAAUUAAAAAAACGAUUUCUUCGAAAGCCAAAUGUUGCCGAGGCCAGCGAACAGUUUGGUCAGUUGGCCAAAGAGCUCAAACAGCAGGACUGUCUGCAGUACGCUGCAUUCUGUAACCUGGCCAUGGCAAGGUGUGAGCAGACGUUGUUCAAUGCCCCAGGGGAGGCCCUUGCGCUCACAGAGGCGGCCCGGCUGUUCCUGCUCUCCGAGCGGGAGAACCGCUCACUGCGAGCCCCAGGCUUUGACGAGCACCUUCAGGCCGCACUCAAUUGCUACAGCUUCGCAGUCAAGGUGUACAUAGAAAUGAACCAGCCAGUGAUGGCUGCUAGUCUCUCCCUAGAGCUGGGAAAUGCUCUGAAGGAGAUGAACAGACACGGAGAGGCCAUAGUUCACUAUCAGAGGGCCGCGGAGCUGCAAGCACAGACCCCUAUCGAGUCUCUGCUUUCUCUUGGGGAAAUGGCCUCCUGCAAAAUUCUGACGCGUGACUACGACGGCGCGCUAGCUGUGCUGACUGAGAUGCAGUACAUGUGUCAGGAGAGGGGGUUGCAGCUGCCUGGUACCAACACACCUGUGGGGGCAUUUUUGGAUAUUGUGGCCAGAUGUGAGAUCUCUAGAGUGCUUCUGCUCAUGCUGUUAGAGCCUCCACCGCAGAAGCUGCUGCCGGAGCACGCUCAGACCCUGGAGAGAUACGCCUGGGAGUCCUUCGAUUCUCACAGCCAGGUGACAUUCCUGCCGGAGAACGUCUUCUUGCUUCUGCAGUCGGUGGUGAUGGCCUGCCAGGAGAAAGACACAGAAUCUCUGAAAUCUCUACAGACUGAACUGUGGCCCCUGCUCUCCGCAGAACAGAACCACCUGCUUCACCUGGUGCUCCAGGAGCGCAUCACCCCUUCAGGCCAGGGCAUUUAGUGUGUGGACCCACCCCCCCACGCACACACACACACACGGCUCGCACACACGCACAUGCACACACAAAUGCACACGCACACAC